AAAAGAAUCAGUGGUUUACUCCCAAGCAAAAGACAGAAUGUCCUCUGAAGAAUCACCAGUUGAAAUGGUGCGGAGAUACAACAGGGAAAUUGGAUAUCAAGGGAGACGAGAGCACAGACAGAUACAAGUAAACAGUAGGCGCAGUGCCCUUGGUGAAGUAAUGGAUACCCAGAGCAGAGUCAUUUCAGCUCUAGAAGUAAAGACACUGGCAGAGCGAUUGAAGCACAAGGGCCAUUUCACAGUUCAAGAUUUUGUGCUGCUUAAGCAUGCUGUCAUACAGAACGAGGAAAAUAUAAUUGCUUUUUUCAGAGUGCCAGGGGCCCUACAUGCUCUUGUCCGGGAGCUGACAGGACAGAAUGCUUCACUUCAGUUGGGCGCUGCCAACUGCUGUUGCAAUUUGGCUCUUGGCAGUGAGAAAGCUUGCCUACAGUUGACAAAAGCUGCUGCUCCAUAUCUUAUAUCACACUUGGACGGACUGAACAAUCAUUUGUUGGAAAUUUGUGUCUUGACUUUGGGCAACUUGGCAGGAAGUCAUAAGUCUUGGGCAGUCUUACAAGCACAAGGUCUGUUGCCUAAACUGUUACAUUUGAUAACAUCUUCAAGCAAUAAUGUUGUAUGUGCUACUCUUUAUGCACUUACUCACUAUGUCAAGAUAGGACUACAAACAAGCAGUGUAAACUUGACAUUUCUAAGGAGCAUUGCAAUGAAUGUGCAUCCCAUAAUGGAAAGAGAACAGUCAGCUUGUUGGGUGAUUUAUCUUCUUUCUUGCUGUCCUGAAUGUGAUGAUGUAUUGUUGAGCAACUUGGUUGUAAGUCGAGCACUUCAUCUUUUGGGAAAGUGUAAAAUUGGCCUGGAUAGUGACAUGAAUGUCUCAAAGACUACAGCUCUUGUGAGAAUGCUGGGUAACUUAAGUGUCAAUAGGAACACUGCAGAACUGCUGCUUACAGAAUCUUCAGUUGUGUCAGUUUUACGAAUCCUACUGACAUCUCCAUAUUUGCAUAUACAACAUGAGACAGUGUGGCUUAUUGCAAAUUUAUUGAAUCAUCCCUCAGUUGAAAUUAAACACUUGGCUAAAACCAGCACUUUCGAAGACAGUCUAGAACCUUUGUUGAGUGAUGCAAUAUCUAAACUUCUAUAAUUAUCUAAAAAGGUAAAGCUAGCCCUGUAACAGGCAAUGAAGGCCCAUAGCGUUGUGAGACAUCGAGACUCCCACA